AUGACAAUCGCCACUGACUCGCUCAGUCAGCCCAUCUCUUUGCCCACCGUCACAUACCUGCCUGCCACAGUCGACUCUGCUCCAACAAUCUUAGAACCGUACCACGUCGACCUUCUGCCUGAAUAUGACUACGAGCAGCGCGAGUACCUCGUCUCCGGCACUGCAGUUGGCGCUCCCUUUUGCACUCGUCUUCUCCUCCGUUGCCCUCGUGAUGUCGGCAAGUUUAGCGGCCUUGUGGUGACGGAGACGUCGCACAUUUGGUCGGGAACAAGCGUUUGGAGAGCCUCGAAUCGCUGGAUUAUGCGGAACGGCCACGCCUGGAUGGAGGUAGACUCACAGUCCCCGGUGGCAAUCGGCGUAGUCAAAGCCUCCAACCCCAAUCGAUACCAGACGAUGACCUUCCUUCCCGGCCCCCUCGCCAAGGACUUCAAGGAUAACAUUCCAUUUACGCCCAAUCCUACUCGCCAGACCCUCGAGGACGAGUACACUAAGUUUAUGGAGCAGUGGUGGGCGGCAACCCCACAGUCGCCAGAGGUACUCGUGGCGGCGUCGGCCGCAGUUCGCAGCGGCGAGAUGGGCUUGCGCGCCACCCGUGUCUUUUUGAGCGGUAUCAGCCAGACGGGCGGCGUUACACGUCGCUUCAUCACCCACUCGUCUCAUCUCCGCCUCCCUGAUGGUGGGGACCCCUAUAACGCACUCAUCCCUGCCGCCUCUGGUGGUCCAGCCCUCCCCGACCCAUCCCCGGGCGUCAAAGUGAUUGAACUUUUGGGAUCCGAGUGGAAGUUCUCCCAAGACAGGCUCCGCCAACUCUACGGAACGGUUGCCAACUACCGCCAUCAAGCCGGUGUGGCCAUAGGACAUCAGGUGGCCCAAGGUUUCCUCCUCCCUUGUGACGCCGAGACGCUCCGCCUGGAGACCGUAGAGAAGGUGCAAUUCUAG